AUGUCUCAGACUAAGUCCGCCUCCAGCCAGGGCACUGAUGCCAAGGAUAAGGGUGCCCCUGCCCCUCCUGCAUCUAGCAAGACCACCAAGACUGGAGAUGCUGGAAUGGGCAACUACAGAAUGAUGCUGUUUGACCAGGAAAAUUUCCAGGGCAGAAUGAUGGAGAUCUACAAUGAGUGCAUGAACAUUUGUGACCAUGGAAUUGAUAGAGUAAAAAGUAUCAUUGUAGAGUGCGGCCCCUUUGUUGCCUUUGAGCAGACUAACUUCUGUGGGGAGAUGUUUAUCCUGGAGAAGGGUGAGUAUCCUCGCUGGGACACCUGGUCCAACAGCUACCGCAGUGACUGCCUCAUGUCAUUCAGGCCCAUACGCAUGGACCCCAUGGAGCACAAGAUCUGCCUGUAUGAGCUGUCUGACUUCCAGGGCAACAAGAUGGAGAUCCAUGAGGAUGAUGUCCCCACUCUGUGGGCACAUGGUUUCUGUGACCGAGUGGGCAGCGUGAGAGUUCCCGGUGGGGCUUGGGUGGGAUACCAGUACCCAGGCUACAGAGGCUACCAGUAUCUAUUUGAGUGUGGAGACUACAGACACUAUAAUGAGUUUUGUGCCUUCCAACCUCAGAUUCAGUCUAUUCGACGUGUAAGGGACAUGCAGUUUCACCAGCGUGGUAGCUUCAGCCUGACUGCUGCUAAACAAUGAAACAGGCCUUCUGCAGAGUAAAGCCCUCUUAUGGUGCUUUUUAUCCCCUCUUCCUGUCCUUGCUCUGAU